UUUAUUUCAUAGUUGUAUAAACUUCAAUCGACUCAAUUAGUGGUGCGUUGAAUAUGUGGAAGUAUUUUAUAGUGUUUUCGAUUUUCCAUUGUUUUGUGACCAAUGGUCAAAAUGGAACGGAAUUCACCUCUGCCGUUUUGGUGAGAAAAAGGCCAACCAGUAACCUCAACUUCGGAGGAAGCAGAUAUUAUUUCCAAACGGUAUUCAAGGCCAACUAUUUUGGGGCAUGGCAAUAUUGCAAACAACAGAAUAUGGAAUUAGUGAGUAUCGAAACUCAGGCUGAGAAUGACAGAAUAGGCUUGUAUUUAGUUGAGAAUGGUUUAACUUAUGCCCACUUCUGGACAUCAGCAUCGAAGCACACAGAUAAUAACAGAUGGGUAUGGUUGGCAACUGGCAGAGACAUCGUAUACACCAACUGGUACUGGACUGAACCCAAUAACUUACCGUUUCUCGCAGAAAACUGCAUCGAAGCCAGGCAUGAGGGUACCAGUGGAUUCACUUGGAAUGACUUGAAUUGCAUGAAUCAGCUGUUUUUCAUAUGUGAAACUUCUCUGCAAUGUCGAUGUUAACAUAAAUAAAUGUACUUGUGUUGCACUA